AAAACCAACCCCAAUUCGGCCAAGCUAUACCCCAAAAUACCCUGCACUUCUUCUUCCUUAAAACCAUGUCAAACCACUCCCAAAACAUGUCCCAUGGAGAUUUAGUUGCUGAACAGAAUAAACUCAAGAAGGAGCUUGAUGCUUUGAUGAAAAAGAUUGGAGAGUUCACAAAUUCAGUGGACAUUCCGACCUUUGAAGGAAGAAACGAUCCGGAGAAAUUCCUACAGUGGCUCAAGAAGCCCACUACCCCAAAGAUCAUCUGGGACGAAUAUGAUGACGAGGACUAUGAUCCCAUUUGGGAUGAAGAACUUGUCAAAGAGAAUGAAGAAGUGUUUGAAGACGCAGAGGAUAACCCGUUUUGGGUUACAGAGAUAAAAGAAGAAGAGCAAGAGAAGACGCACGAAGAAGUUGUCACUCCUGACGCGGAAACCUCCGCUCGAGGCCUAUCUUCGUUAACGGUACUUCGUACCAAACGUGUUGAGUUUUUGCAGGCCCCAUAUGAAAAGAAGAUUGAGAAGAGUCAUGACUCGAAAUGGUCCAUUCAGCCCGGCGACCUAGUAUGGGUUCACAUUCAUAAGGCGCGUUUAUUCCAUAAACGCAAGUCAAAGCUACAACCCCAAGACGAUGGUCCAUUUGAAGUGUUGGCAAAGGUUCACAAAAAAUCCUACGUGGUCGAUCUUACACGCGGCCUAAAAGUUGCUGCCACGUUUCAUCGAAGAGAUCUUAGCCCGUACGAGGAUUUUGAAGAUCUUCCGAGUUUGAGGACAAACUCUUUUGAAGACCGGGAGGAUGUUAUAUCCGGGCCUGGCCCUAUGAUACCCUCCCCCAUGUCCCACACCCUCGCAAAAACCAAAGGACUUACGUUCAAACAUUAUGAUCCGUUUUAGUGAGAAUUCCGAGUCCUUCAACCCAAGAGGCCAGAAUAACUUCGGACCCAAGGGUCCACAGGCCGACUCCCACUCUGUCCAACCCAACCCAUAAUAUCCAAAACUCCUUGCCAUUUACUUCAUUUCAAAAUAAAGUUUUUAUUACUUUUAUUUUAGCCCCUGGCCAAAAAUAAGAGUGUGCAAAUCAAAAACCUUUUGUUGU